AUGGAUUCUGCAGACAUUGAAGCUAGUAAGAUGUACAUUUCUUACAAUAAUGUUCAUCAAUUAUGUCAAGAAAGUGCUGAUAAAAUUAAACAAUUUAAACCAGACUUAAUCAUUGCUAUUGGUGGUGGUGGUUUCAUCCCAGCAAGAAUGUUAAGAUCAUUCUUAAAAGAACCAGGUCAACCAAAUGUUAGAAUUAUGGCUAUUAUUUUAUCACUUUAUGAAGAUAUUGAUACCUUCGGUUCAAAUGCUGAAAAUAUUGGUACUAAAGUUGUCAGAACUCAAUGGAUUGAUUAUGAACAAAGUAAAGUUGAUUUAGUUGGUAAGAAUAUCUUAAUCAUUGAUGAAGUUGAUGAUACUAGAACCACUUUACAUUAUGCCGUUUCUGAAUUGAAAAAAGAUGUUGAAGAACAAUCAAAGGCUAAGGGGGCUGAUCCUUCAUCAACUAAAUUUGGGAUUUUUGUCUUACAUGAUAAACAAAAGACCAAGAAAGCUGAUUUACCUGAUGAAAUUAUGAAUACUGGUAAUUAUUUUGCUGCUAGAAGUGUUCCAGAUGUUUGGAUUGCUUAUCCUUGGGAAUCAACUGAUAUUGUUUAUCAUACCAAAAGAGCUAUAGAGCAAGAUAAUGAUGUUUUCAUACCAUCAGAUCAAGUAUAA